GGAAUUACCCAAGAUGGCUGACACUUGUUGGUCGACGGAGAGUGAUUGAGUUUGCGAUCGAAAUAAGUGCCUUAAUCGAAUUGAUUUCGAAAAUUUUUGGCGCGAAGGCGAAUCCGAUAGGUGUUAGUGAUAUGUUGAGUGCGUAAAAUUCGUGUUAGUGAUGUUAGCCUUCGAGAACAAUCGAUAUGUGUUCUGUUGUCGACGACAGUUCUUAUUAUUUACUUCGUUUAAAACUCUAUCUGCGAUUGUAGGGCAAAAUGGAUAAUACGACGGUUGCCUUAACUGAAAGACUUCAAUCAGCAAAUGGAUCAACCCGGAGGACAUCUCCAAUACCUACCAUGUCUCCUGCGGGUAGACCCUCUUCUCUUAUGGAUACUCAUAAUCAAUCUGUUGUUGUUGUCCAGGUAGUUGUUAAUCGCGAUGAACGAGGAUAUGGCAUGAAGGUUUCGGGUGAUAACCCAGUAUACGUACAAAGUGUUAAAGAGGGAGGAGCUGCUGAAAAAGCAGGAUUGCACGCUGGUGAUAAAAUUAUUAAGGUCAACGAUGUUAAUGUGAUAUCGUCAAAACACACGGAUGUCGUCGAUUUAAUAAGAUCUUCUUCUCAAGUGGUGUUAACAGUUCAACAAAGAACUGUUUCACAAAAAGGCAUGAGUUCUCCCAGUGUACAUAACCGACCUCUGACGACUCCGUCCAGAAUUACAGGACCUCAGCCAGUUGAUCAUGAGAAACAACAUCAGCUCCUAUUGGAAAAAGAGCAACAUUAUAGACUGAUGAUAGAAAAAGAACAGCGAUAUAUUGAUGUGCUUAGAAGUCAAAUAGCUUCAUCUCCAGAUGAGAAAAAGUAUUCGGAACUGUCGAAGACAGAAAAGAAUUUGCAAACACUUCAAGCUAUGCUUCUUCGCAGCCAAAACGAGCAAUCUCCACCUUUACACUCUCCCCUAAAUCCCUUGUCAACUUCCUUACCUCGCAAGAGUAGAGCGUCGACUGUCGUUUCUCCCAACGGCAAUUCGGAGCUCCAAUCUCCGCCACCGUUACCGAAGAGAAAUCAACGACCGUCCCAGGUGGACAUUUUAAAUAAUCGACAUCCUCCAUAUGUGAAUGGCAAAAUUGUCACAGACACUAACGCUUUAUUUCUUAACAACGAAAUAAACGCCAAUAUGCGACAGGUCGAAGACAUUGCCUCCCGUCGUCCGCCUAGAAGCAAGUUCCACUCACAUUCGGAAGAGACACAUCUCGUUGAUAACCCUUUCUAUUCAGAUCAACCUCCUCCCUUACCUCCUAGAGCUCCCCUUUCCACAAACAAUACAAACGAAUCGGACGCUGUUAACUCCAUAAAUAAGCAAAUGUCGUAUCCCUUAGUGGCAACCUGUGCGACGUUAGUUAAUGAUUAUUUGCCAAAUCCAACGCAUCAUCGCACUAAAUCUAGUCCUGAAUCUCUAUCAGCAAUGUCGAGUGCUGAAGCAUCCCGAAAACUGAUAGCUUCGGAAAGUAUGAACGAUCUUAGGCAAGAAGGGUGGGAUCCUGCUGACACUCCACCUGGAACACCUCCACCACCAUAUCCCAGUCCCACGGCUUCGAGAAGAAGACAGUAUGGUAGUGGUGAAAGCGGGGAAAAUACUUUUGAAGAAACAACUGGUGAUUGUUCUUCGCCGGAUGUUUCACCUUUUCGAGGUCCCAAUCGUAUUAUUGCGAAUAGUUCCCCGAUUCAUGCUGCAACGCCUCAGACUACGCAGCAGCCUAUCAUAAGUAUGGAAGAUGAUGAAAUCUCAGAUCAAGAAUCUAGCCAAUUAGAAGAUCACGGCUACUUCAAAUCGCUCUCUAGACUCUGGGAGCGUCUACCACAUUUGGCUGUGUUCAUGAAUUAUAUUUUAUCAAAUUCGGAUCCAAAUAGUCUUCUGUUUUAUUUGCUCACUGAUUUGUAUAAAGAGGGAAACGCUAAAGAAAUGAGGAAGUGGGCAUUCGAAAUCCAUUCGUGUUUUCUCGUUCCUGGAGCGCCUUUGCGGUUGGGAAAUGUAGACGAAAACAUCGCUCGUGAAAUCGAUGACGUUCUUACUCGUGAAUUUGAUAAAGAGGAAAUUCUUAGAAAAAUUUUUUGGAAGGCGCGAUCUCGGGCCAAAGAAGAAUUAACGAAGCAAUUAGUCGAUUUUCAACAAAAACGUACUGCUGGUUUAGGUACAAUCUUCGGUCCGACUGAUCAAGUACUUUCCGAGAUUUAUAAUGAUAAGACCAAAGAAGUGAAAUUGUACGAAAGUUUAUUUUUAGAAAAAUUGGAACCCUUUUUAGAAGAAAUUGAAAAAGAAAAUUACGACCCACGACGGUAUUACACAGCAGCUGCUCUAACGACCGUUUUAACUCGUAUCUUUGGUAUUCGGCCGGCUUCGCAUACCAUCGAUCGUUGUCCAACUUUUGUAAAUAAAGAAAAGUCGUUUCGCACAAAAUUUAUUGGGAGAUAUUCGAGAAAGUUAAACGUUCAAGGACACCAAUAUGUCGCACAACAAUAUUAUACUGUGAUAGUUUGUAAUAAUUGCCAUCAAAUUAUUUAUGGAAUAGGACCUCAAGGCUAUCAGUGUUCUGUAUGUCUGAUCAAUCUUCAUCGUCCCUGUGUGAAGUUGUAUGAUGACAGUUGUCCAGGUCCAAUCAAUAAAAAGGAUCGGGGGAUAGGAAAAUUUAUACGGAUAAGACACGAGAAUAAUGAUAAUAGGCGAAAACAUAGCUCUCAUUUUAUAUUAAUGGAAAAGGAAAGGAGGCAAGCAGAAGAAAAAGACAACAGUUUCGAGCACAACGAAAGCGGAGAGAAUAAGCCCAGUCAACCCGUGUCACGAAGCGGAUCCGACAGAAGGCCGGAUAUAGUACGUGAAGAGACCCCCAAAAAUGCUGAAGGGACUACCAGCACCGACCACGGCCCGAAUAAGCAAGAAAACGAAACCUCCGCUCCUGACAAUGUCGCUAGUUUUCCUCAAGCCUCUCAUAAGAAAAAGUCUAGCAGUAACAUAAACCGAUCAGAAAGCGUGAAAGAACAGUCCGAAAAGCGGAAACAAAGACGAAACAUCAGCGAUCCCUCUCACAAUACGACAAGUGGCGAUGUGGAGUUGGAUCAGCCAGGCUUGUCAAAUACAGAUUCCGGUAGUUCAUCCAAUUCUAGCAUAUCCUACAAUGGCCGAUUGUCUGAGAGUCCUAGCAAUAGUGUGGAAGUCGUCACUACUGAUGGAGGCGACAGGAAGGCCAGUUCCGACUGGGAAAGCGAUGCCGAAAUGGAGCCAGCCAAUUGGCAGAAAUUGUUCCCAGAAGAAGAACUACGUAAUCUUCAGCCACACGAAAAGAAAAGGCAAGACGUAAUUAACGAACUAUUUCAUACGGAGAGUUCACAUGUGCGGAACCUUCGAGUACUGUGUGAGAUUUUUUACAAGACUCUUAAGGAAAGUCAGGUUUUAAAACCCGACGAAAUAGCUUUAAUUUUUCCAAAUAUCAAGGAAAUGCUUGAUGUGCAUACGCAAUUUAGUAGAGAAAUGAAAAGGAUACGACGGGAAGAUCCAUUAGUGAAUAAUCUCGGUGACAUGUUAGUCAAAAUGUUUGGUGGCGUCGUUGGCGACAUGCUUAAAAGGGCCGCUGCAGUUUUCUGUGAACGCCAGCAACAAGCUCUCGAAUUUAUCAAAGAAAAACGUAAAAGAGAUUCGAAAUUUGAUGGCAUUUUAGUAGAGUGCGAGAAAAAGAGGCAGUGUAGACGAUUACCACUUCAAGGAAUUAUCCCGACUGAAAUGCAACGACUGUCUAAAUAUCCUCUUUUACUAGAACGUCUGAUUAGCAGCGUCGAGGCAAACACUUCGAGUUCACAUGCGCAGGAAGAAUUAGUGAAAUUGAAACGUGCGCAUCACUUUUCCAAAGACAUUUUAAAUCAUGUUAACGAAGCUGCUAAAGUGGCCUUUAACAAAUCACGAUUGGACGAAAUACAGCGGCAUCUAGACACGACGAAUUUCGAGAGGUCGGAUCAUCCAAUCACGCAAGAAUUUAGGAUGUUAGAUCUAACGCAGUACAAACUAAUCAGAGAAGGUAAUUUGCACCUGCGAAGAGGGAACAAACCAAUGGUGCCUGUUCAUGUGCUGUUAUUAGAAGAAGCUGUCGUUAUUUUACAUAAAGAAGGCGAUAAAUUCUUCUUAAAGUUUUUCCAAUCAGGUUCCUCAGCCCAGCCUCAACCUCUUUCACCUAUUAUUAAGAUGUCUACGUUGUUAGUACGGAAUAAUGCGGCCUGUAAAAGAGCGCUCUUCCUAUUCAAUACUUCCACAAACGGCACUCAAAUGUAUGAUUUCCUAGCAGACGACGAUAUUAAUAGAGAUAUGUGGCUGAAGCAUUUCUCUGAUGCAGCGGAUGCGUAUAAUCGAAGAGAAGGGAAAACGAAGAGGACUGAAUCCCAGCCUGACUCAGAUGAGUCUGAAACAUUACAGGAAAUUCCCAGUACACGGGACGUUUCUGAGAGGGCUGAAGCCGUUGGUGGAACGGAUAAUACUCCUGACGAUGAAGAGGAGGAUGAGCAAGUCUUCAGUGAUGCUCAGGAGGAAGGAUCCACGGAGCAGAAGGAAGUUCCGAGUUCUUCGGAAGGUGGCGGUGUUCACACCAAAGUAACAGCGGAUGAGUGGCCUCUCAUCCAGCCUUCACAGGUCCACGUAGAAGUACCACCAGUGCACACUGCUGAAUCAAGAUUAACUCCACUAGAACAAAUUCGUCGUAAAGAUGAAGAAGUGCGACGGGCAUUAGAAGACAAAGAAGGCCUGGUUGCCGAUUUAUUAAGUAUUCCUCGGGAGCACUUCCAUCUUAUUGCUGAUAUGGCUAGCGAUACACAAGAUACGAGGUCUUCCAAAGAUCUAGCGGAACGUGUUUUAGCUGCUGUAUAUCAAGUGGAUCAGCUGCACCUAGCCGUCAAUGAAGCGUUAAAUGUGACGGAGGUUUCAGCUAUAUCAGCGACAGGUGGCAAACACCCAGCUUGCCAAAGCCAGGAAUUAUUGCCAACUGUAUCACCACCUUCCAUUCCUGCCAAUCGUGUUAGAGACGUUGCCAACUCGUUAAGUACACAACUAACGACCUUACUUAGUGAUGUAAAACAAGUUGAAGAAGAACGUGACAGACUGAGGAAAGAACUCUACCGCAUGAGGGAGCGACUACAUGAACAACAAAUGCUUCACGGGCCUACUGAAAACAACGUUGCUGAAUCGCCUACACCAGAACUCCCUCAAGACUUGGACAGUAUUAAGGAAAGUCCAGCUGAGCCAGAGAGCUAACGUGAUAAAGAACACUCAAUAUAGGGCCUUGAAUAUCGAUAAACAGACAAUUUGUAUAAAGAAGGAAUUAUAUUUGUUAUAUGCUAAUUUUAUUAUUAUUAUCUUUUAGGUAAUCUUUUGAAAGAGCCUAGGUAUAUUUCUUAUUCAUGUUAUUUUUAUAAAUAACUAAAGGAGGUGUGCUUUUAUAUGCCACUUCCUUCUGAUUUAAUGUGAACAUGAUAUACGUUUUUCUCCCUUCUUUUUAAUGGGUGCAAUAAUGCUUUUACUGUUGUUCAUUAUUAUAAGUCGCUAGUACUCAAUUUGACAAGGCCUAAAACGGUCUAAAAAUUAUUUAAAUGAAUGUAUAUUAACAAUAAGUAUUAUGCUGUCUACAAAGUCAUUUUGUUUGUAGCUAUUAAUUUACAAUUUUCACUCGUUUGCAUAAUUUUUAUCAUGAAUAUCCAGGGAAUCUUCUAAAUUAAGAAGGAGCGGCUGGUCAACUACUCCUUUUCAUCUCUUUUUGAAUAGUUAUAAACAAUUUGAUUUUGUGUGAGAGUUUACGAUGUAUGUUUUGUUUUUAUAUGUAUGUUGUCUACUUUGUUACCUCAUUUUACAAUGUUAUUUAAUGAGAUAAUCACAACUUGUUAAAUGUUGUCUAGCUUUUGUAUAACCGCUUUUUUAAAAAUGCAUUUUCGUUAUAAGAUCGCAUUUAUAGAUGUAAAGUGUAUCAUUUUUUACUUUAUUGUAUCUACAUAUUUAUAGCGAAUUAUAUAAUAAUGAAUGACAUCGCAAUUAUUAAAAAACUUGUUAAGUACACAUAUUUAUAUAAAAAAUAAUAAUGCUACAUAAUAAACUAUUUAAAACA